CGGGAGACAAUAGAGUGAAAUUUAUGUAUGAUCAAAACAAAGAUCUUUGGAGCAGAACAAUAUAUGUCCGAACUGGACCGGAACUAUCUCUAAACGAGAACACUUUAAAAUAGGACAGCAAACCAAAUCAAUCUCUUCCAAAACAAAUCCAAAGCGAAGCCGUAAGAAGUGAAGUUUUUCAUUUCAAGUCCAAAAAGUCCCUCCCUUGCCCUCUCUUCCCCCAUCCCUGCCUUCAAUAAAAUCUCUUUCGAAAUAACCAACACGUACAUACCUUUCAACUUUCUCUCUAAAUCUCUGUACUUGGAUUUGGAUAGGAUUUUUGCAUCGUCGGCAGCUUCUUCCUUCAAUUUCCUUCUCUCUUUCUCUCUCUCUGGGCAACUUCUCGUUAGGGUUUUUGUGGGUUGGUGUUUUCCUUCAACAAAGAGAACAUCUUUUACUGCUUCGUCUUUUUAUUUCUCGGUAUGGACUAUGAAGUUUGCGAUAGUAGUGGUACCGAUGAUGAUUUGCCUCCUUCACAGCCAACUAGAGUUCCAAUAAGGGGUAAUAUUGCUGGAAAUGGAAGAUCUAUUGUAGGUUCUGCUUCAUAUUUUAGGAUGCAUUCUGACAUGGAAUCCCAAAUACAUCUACUUGAGCAAGAAGCUUACUGUGCUGUUCUGCGUGCUUUUAAAGCUCAAUCGGAUGCCAUUACUUGGGAAAAGGAAGGCCUGAUAACAGAACUUAGGAAAGAACUGAGGGUGUCAGAUGAUGAGCAUAGAGAGCUUCUGACUAAGGUUAAUGCUGAUGAUAUUAUCAGAAGGAUAAGGGACUGGAGACAAAGUGGUGGGAACCUGCCUGCGAGACUUGGUGCAUCUCAUAGCAUCCACAGUGUUUUGCCUAGUCCAACUGUUUCAGCAUCCCGCAAGAAACAGAAGACAUCUCAAUCGGGUCAGUCAUUGCCUGGCCUAUCUUCGGCAAAGCCUAUGCAUUAUCCUGCUGCAGUUUCUGCUGGAAAUAGGCAAUUCAAUAACCGUGGCACUAUCACUAGCCUUUCAGCGAAUGAACGUGCUGAAGGAGCAACUUUUGAUCCCUUAAUUGGAAGGAAAGUGUGGACAAGAUGGCCUGAAGACAACCAUUUCUAUGAGGCUGUAAUCACUGAUUACAAUCGCUCUGAGGGUCGACAUGCUUUGGUUUAUGAUAUUAAUACAGCAAAUGAGACUUGGGAAUGGGUUGAUCUCAAAGAGAUUUCUCCAGACGACAUAAGGUGGGAUGGUGAGGACCCAGGCAUAUCUUAUCGAGGAGGUCAUGGUUUCCAUGGAGCUAAGAAAUCCUUCAGUCAUGGUGCUCCUGCUCCUGGUACGGGAAGAGGCAGAGGUUCAGUGAAGGGCCUAUAUAGAAAAGAAUCUUUGCCGCGACAGAAUGGUAUUGUGAAGAAACUUUCUGAUGAUAUCGAGUUAUUAAACACAGAGGCUCUAGUAAAGGAGGUGGAGAAGGUUUUCGAUGCAAGUCAUCCUGAUCCUCACGAGCUUGAGAAGGCAAAGAAGACGCUGAAAGAACAUGAACAAGCGCUCAUCGAUGCUAUCGCGAGGCUUGCCGAUGCAUCUGAUGGUGAAAGUGAUGGAGAACAACCAUACUCUCAUGGGCAACCGAUGGAGCAGCUGUGAGUACGUAGACAGUUGGCAUGGAUUGUAUGAAAGUCCAAAAGAAUUAGAAGGUUGCAUCAAAAGGUAGUAGGACCCAAAUUGCAAUAGAUAACUAGUUGAUCUUUUCUUUCAUUUUUUUUUCGAAUUUAGCUUACUCCAUGAUCAUCUGGAAGAAAGGGUGUGGUUGUUGGGAACUUGAACUGGAAUGUAAAACUAUUCAUGGCAUUCUUCAAUGUAAAAGUUUUGAUUUCAUGUAUUUGUUGAAA